AUGUUUGGUGAUUUAGGAGAGAAGAAUGUGUCUGUGAAAAUUGGAGAUUCAGUCACUCUAAAUACUGGUCUUACUGAAAUAAUGGACAAUGAUAGGAUUGAUUGGAUUAAGUGGAAGAAGGAUGAUGUGAACACUAAUUAUGGGGAUGUGAACGAUGUAUUAGCUCAUAUCAUUAAACACUACAACAUCAUCACUGUAUUUGAUGAUGCUCUUGAUGGGAGAUUCAGAGACAGACUAAAGCUGAACAAACAAACUGGAUCUCUGACCAUCACAAACAUCACAGCUGAACACACUGGAGUUUAUCAACUAAAGAUCAACAAUGCAAGGGUUGAUUUCCUUCUCACUGCCUAUGAUGAAAUAUCAGUGAUGGAGGGAGAUUCAGUCACUCUAAACCCUCGUCUUACUUUAACAAUGGAUGAAAUUCAGUGGAUGUUUGGAAAUGAAAACACUUUAAUAGGAUGGAUUGAAUGGUCCAACAGAAUCACUGUAUAUGAUGAUGUUCUUGACGGAAGAUUCAGAGACAGACUGAAGCUGGACAAACAAACUGGAUCUCUUACCAUCACAAACAUGACAACUCAACAUGCUGGAGUUUAUCAGUUACUCAUCACCCAUAAGAAGACACAUUUCAUUCUCAGUGUCUUUGAUGACAGACCUGAUAUUAGAUGA